GGAAAAAUGGAUUGCAAUGUCUAACAGGUGACAUGUUAUUUCCAUUUUUCUGCGUUCUUCAUAUAAUAUUCAAUAUUCAAGUUUCAACAAAAUACAUCCGAUAUCUACAGAUUUACCGUGCUAGCCGAGGACUUAUAGUAUCCCUCGUGUCGACAUUGCCUUAAAGCUUCCCACAAGUUGACGAAUCGUGUUUCCGAAAUACCCCCCUCAUAGACUUCAGCGCUUCAGCUUCAGGAUGGCGAACUCUCGAUUUUUCGACCCAGAGGAACAUCAAGCUAGCUUGGAUAGACUUUCAUCCCUCCUAGAACUAUCCAUUAGCAUUUCAAGACGCCCGAAAAUGCGGAAAGGCAUGAUUUAUCAUCAAAUGUCCAUGAAUCUGGUCCUCGAGUGUCAGCGGAUUUUCCUAGCAACUUCUAGCCGGGAAGAUCCGCUACUGGACAGCUCAGUCAUGGAGGAACUCGAAAGAAUCAGGGGUAGACUCAGCGUCAUGUCUCGGUCUAUGCACCUCCUUGAAGAAGGGAGGAUUUCAUGGAAUCCCAGGAAAAUCAUAAAAUCAUACUUUUUACGUCGACGGCAUGUUCGGAACUGUCUUGUGAAUUUGAAGUUGGCUUCAGGUACUUCAAAUAACAUCCUGAGGAAGCUACUCACAGCAGAUCUGGAACCUGGAGAUGACCACUCGAAUGAUCGUAGAAAUGCCACUGAGCAGUCUCAAGCAGGAAAAACCCCGCCCCAGCCUCCUCCUUACCAGAGCGAAGAUCCAAAUUUGGAGCAAGUAGAAACCGCUUUUGAGGGCACCCGAGAUGUGCCCUCCGCUCCUCAAACCUUACAAAGCCGCAUCAACUUGAAUAUCUUCUACAAGAGCGUCAUAUAUAUGGGCUCUGGACCCAGUCAUGAUUCCUUGGUUGCGAGCAGGUCUAAUCGUGCGGGCGGGAACCGUCAACUUGCGACUCCCUCAUCCCCAUCUACAUGAAAUACAUAUCGGUAACUGCGAUUAUCGCCGAGGGAUGAUAGUCUGGAAACUUGUAGCAGGGCUCUUGAUUCAUAGCUAAGGAGCGAAAACGCCAAACGCAGGGACUUAGGUUCAACAUAUACGUGACUUUGGACCAUCACACGAAAUUUAGUGCAGGAUGUCUGUGCCCUAUCUAUAUGUCUGUUGCUAGUAAACGACUCGACUCGAGUUC